AUGGAGAAGAUAAAUAGUCAGCAUCAGCACGUUGAGGGUGCAAAUGCUAGUCAAAUGAUGGAGUCUGCAAAGCAAUGCGAUUUUUACGUCGAAGAUCGAGUCGCUCAUUUGUCCGAGGAACAUCGCCAGUAUCUUCUUGCGAAGCAUGGAACACUGGAUCUGGACCCUAUCCCUGACAUGACCGAUGCCGAUCCAUACAAUUGGCCGAGAUGGAGGAAAAACUUGAACUUGACCCUAGUCGCCUUCCACGCCAUGAUGGGCACAUUCACUGCCUCCUCAAUCCAAUCUGCAUUCGAGAAUAUCUCCGAAGAUCUCGACAUCAGUAUGCAGCGAACCAGCUACCUCGUCUCCUUAUUUAUCGCCGUGCUAGGUGGCGCGCCUCUCUUUUGGCGCCCGCUGUGUAAUCGCUAUGGUCGCCGGCCCAUCUUUCUGAUCUCACUGAUUUGCAGCCUGAUUGGGAAUAUUGGAUGUGCAAAGAGUCCUUCCUAUGCAACCAUGGGUCUGUGCCGUGCUAUCACUGCCUUUUUUAUCAGCCCUGCAGCUGCUAUUGGUAGCGCUGUUGUUGCGGAGUCUUUCUUCCGACAAGAUCGUGCUCGCUGCAUGGGUGCGUGGACACUGAUGGUUACCCUGGGUGUCCCCGCUGCUCCAUUUAUCUUUGGAUUCGUUGCUUUGCGUGUGGGUUAUCGCUGGAUUUAUUAUAUUUUGGCAAUUGUCAACGCAAUUCAAUUCGUCACCUACUUCCUAUUCGGAUCGGAAUCCCUCUACGUCCGCAGCAAUGUCCCCUCCGGCAAUGUUACUGCCGCCAAGCAGAGUCUCUUCCGAUUCAGCCGCGUUGAUCCUACACCGUUGACACUUUGGGAUUUUGUUCAGCCCCUGAGCUACGUGAUGAAACCAUGUGUGAUCAUCCCAGCCGCCGCCUAUGCAAUGAUCUUCCUUUGGGGCAGUAUUGCGCUCACAAUCGAGAUUUCCCAAAUCUAUCCUUCCAAGUUUGGCUUAAAUACCCAGCAGGUCGGUCUACAAUUUCUCGCUAUUAUCAUCGGGUCUGUCAUCGGGGAACAGAUUGGCGGAUUUAUUUCCGACCGCUGGAUGCUUCUGCGUCAGAAGCGGACUGGAGAGCCUUCCCCGCCAGAAUACCGGUUGUGGUUGAGUUAUAUUGGCCAUGCCUUGACGAUCUGUGGUAUUGUGGUUUUUGCCAUCGAGAUCCGGGACUCGGGCGGCGCAUGGACUAUCGCUCCCAUUAUUGGCGCCGCAAUCGCUGCUGGUGGUAAUCAGAUUGUCACUACGAUCGACAUUACUUAUGCGGUUGAUUGUUACCGUGCGGAUGCUGCCAGUGUGGGUGUCUUUAUCACCUUUGUUCGGCAGAUCUGGGGCUUCAUUGGUCCUUUCUGGUUCCCUCAAAUGUUCGAGAUUGUUGGCUGGGCUGGUGGUGCCGGUAUUGCCGUUGCCCUCAUGGUUGGUGUUAGCAUUGUUCCAACUAUCUUGGUGCAGUGGCGAGGAGCUUCAUGGCGUUAA